AGAGACCCAACAAUUAAGACCAGAAGUUUGGAACUCGACUUUAAUUAACUAUGCCCUCAAAGUUUAUGCAGCCCUCAACAGUAAUAACUAUGUCAGGUUCUUCCGUCUUGUUAGAGAGGGAUCCUUUCUCUGCUCCUGUAUUCUUCACAGAUAUUUUACUCAAGUUAGGAAAAAAGCAUUAUAUAUCCUGGUGAAGGCACAUCACAAGGGAGUACAGCUACCUUUGGAGGAUUUAGUGAGGAGCCUGAGUUUUGAUGACCAGAGUGAGGCUGCCCAUUUCUGUCAGUUCUUUGGACUGACCACAGUGGACAACUGUGUGACUCUGGAUAAGGCAACCUUUAUUGAACCAGAAGAAAACUGGUGCCCACAACGAUCAGCUCUCAUAGAAAGAAAACUCAACACAUCUAUUGGUGAGGCUAUCUAUGGAGGUCCAUUACCAGCUUUCUCUUUACCAGAGCCUGAGAACAGCUUUGAUAACAAUGGGAAAUAUAUUGGGCAGAUCAUCAUCAAAGAUUCAGAUUUUGUGGAUUCUCCAAGGAAGGAUGCAGUCAGAGGAUACAAUGUCCCUGAUCAAACAUCUGUGUCUACAGAUAAAAUGGCUGUUCCACAACCUACUGUUGCUCCAAAAGUCAAGGUUACUUACACAAAUGAGGAAGUGAAGGAGACUGCCAAAUUUUUAUUCUGGGAGGUCAUAGACAUCAUGUGUUUAGAGAUUGGACAGGAAGCAAAGCGUGAGGUGGAUAAGCUAAUGGACAUCUCACAAUCCUUGUAUGAUUCUAUCACAGGAGAGGUGUUCGCUGAAUCUGUGUCGUAAGUUUAUUUUCAAAAAUAAACUUGACAA